AUGUUGGAGGGGGACGCGGCACCGUCGGCAUCUGGCACGGUGGCAGGCAUCCAGGCGGAUGGAUCCGGCCCAGAGUUUAACGACGCCACACCAAGCAAUCUCCGCAAGCAGUUUACGAUACCCAAACUGGAUGAGAAGAAGCUCGACAUGAAGGCACAGGAGCCACAUGGAACCACCACCCCGUUUGUCGUCCUUGAUGGAGGAAUGAGCAGCGGCACCACCACGACGACAGUGACGGCGGUAACAGAAACAAGUUCCAUGCCGCUGAAUUCAAAUGCCCCGGCCUUUGUAUUUGGGACAGGAAGUAGGUACACCGGGGGGAACGUGAUUGCCGUUGAUAGUCCAUCUGCUAGCGCAGCCUACCUGUUAAGCAUGCAGUGCCAAAACCCACAGUAUCAGCUUGCACAUGCGGCCCCGACUGAUCAAGAGAUUUUUCUUACACAAAGUGUCCUUCAAAUGUGCCCUCGAGAAGUACUUCUUUGGGUCCUCUACUCACUCGCGGAGGAGUCCCCGGUGCUUGCCCCUUUCAUUCGGAUGCGUUGUGAAAAGGCACUUCAUUUGAUCCUGCAACAACAACAACAACAACAGCAGCAGCAGCAACAACAACAACAGCAACAACAGGCCGCGGCGGCUGGGCACUUUGCAACUCAUGCUGCUGGCGCUGGUGCCACUGCAGGUUCUGCGCCGUGGGUAGCACAUCUCCCGGCUAGCAGUUAUGAAAGCCCACGAGCUAACUCCUUCACAGGCAAUGCAUCUCCUCAUGUGGGUAGCAAUCGUAAGGGACGUGGUGGAAAAGUGCGGGAGGAGGGUAUUUGCAGUCUGCAUAACAACGUGCGUUCCAUGAAUCACUUGCAGCUUAAUAAACAGACAGGACUAUACGAGUGUGUACAUGGUUUCCAUUGCCUGGAGGAUGGAGGGUCUGCGGUCGCCACACCGUGCAACUUCAAUAAUGUCAGCACUACUAGUAAUGCCAAUCAAAAUGUCAACGACAGCCAUGCCAGCAACCCAAAUUCGGGAAGGCCGCACCUUGUAAAGAUGUCAUCCGGGCAAUUCCGGCAGACGAAGGAUGUGAAAAAUGCUACCAGUGAAAAAACCGGCGGCGUCAAGAAAAUUUUCCCUAACACCACACGCAGCAGCAGCAAUAGCAGCCACAGCAACAACAAUAACAACAACGGUAAGUCACAAGGUGCCGAGUCUGGCCAGGACGGAGGCAAUGGCACGCUAUGGCAUGAGCUAAGUGAGCUGCGCAAGAAGGAUGAAAACUCGGGAUUCACCUACGAGAUGGAUACUCUGCAAAAUAUAUUGCAGACUGUUCGUGAACUGGCCGCGAAGGAAGGGGAGUGA